AGCAAAAAACGAGUUUAAACAAAGACGAAAUCUAUUAUAUAGAACUCAUAGUAUUGACGAAAAAAAAAUACGCUACUAUUUGAUAUGAAAAAACAAAGAAGUACGAGUGUGCAUGCUACAAAGAAUGCCAAGGAAGAUAGAAACGGUUCAGGUGCAAUGAAAAAAAUAUCUGAAUCUAAUCACAUACCGGUGAACCAGAACCUCAAGGCCAUUUCUAGGACAAACCUACACUCUAAGGAACAAAAUGAUAUCGAUUCCAUCUUUAGCUCAAUAUCCUCUUCAAAAAAAAUAAAGACAACUGGUGUAACUGCCAGCUUAAAUAAUUCUAUAAAUCGUAAUAACCGCUUAAAUGUUAAUAAAACGCAUUUUCAAUCAUCUAGUAAGUCUUCGAAACGGUCGAAGGAGAACGAAGCUCUUCCAGAAUCCAAAAAGAUAAAGUCAGAGUCGGAUGGGAUUUAUCGUGCACCUGAGAAGACGCUUAAAAUGAGUGAUGACAAGUUUUUUGAAUCCUCAUUAUCCAGCUCAAAUAAGAAGCCUUCAAAAAAUAAUGCUCGUAACUUAGGGAGCGAUAAUCUAUCUCGUACAGAGGGGGUGGAUCGCAUUGUUUCUGAGGGUGAGCUUCAGAAGAUGCUUUCAAACAAUCCACGUGCGGGGACCACGCCAAAUUGCCCGUUUGACUGCGAUUGCUGCUUUUGAUGCGACCUGAAGAUUGCUACCACUGCCAGGAUGGUGAUUACCUGUGGUUGUUAUUCUAUUAAAUUAAUCUAAUCGCUAAUUUUACUGCUCUUACAUUUAGCGACCUCUUUACAGCCUACACACAUAUAUCUAUAGAUAGAUAUGUAUAUGGACAAUAGCAA